UAGUUUGAACAGCGCUGCAUAGCUUACAAAGGGAGGAGGUGGUAGGCUGGUGAUGCAGAUCUAACUGUCUUUUAAACACCCUAAUAUGUUAUUAAUCUACGUAUAGUCAGUGUAGUCUCUUUUAUAGUUGCACUGUAAGACAUUAAUCUAACCAUGUCUGCGGAAGGAGCGUCCGAUCAGGCUGCAGAAUACAUCCCAGAGAAGGUGAAAAAGGCAGAGAAGAAGUUGGAAGAGAACCCUUAUGACCUGGACGCAUGGAGCAUUCUGAUUCGAGAAGCACAGAAUCAACCUAUAGACAAAGCAAGGAAGACCUAUGAGCGACUUGUCGCCCAGUUCCCAAGUUCGGGCAGGUUCUGGAAAUUAUACAUAGAGGCUGAGAUAAAGGCAAAAAACUAUGACAAAGUUGAAAAGUUAUUUCAAAGGUGCUUGAUGAAGGUACUGCACAUUGACUUAUGGAAGUGCUACCUUUCUUAUGUCCGAGAAACCAAAGGAAAGCUGCCCAGUUACAAAGAGAAAAUGGCACAGGCGUAUGAUUUCGCACUGGACAAGAUAGGAAUGGAGAUCAUGUCAUACCAGAUCUGGGUGGACUACAUCAAUUUUUUAAAAGGAGUUGAGGCUGUGGGCUCAUACGCAGAGAACCAGCGCAUCACUGCUGUGCGGCGAGUUUACCAGAGGGGCUGCGUCAAUCCCAUGAUCAACAUCGAGCAACUGUGGCGGGACUACAGUAAAUAUGAAGAGGGCAUCAAUGUACACCUUGCCAAGAAGAUGAUUGAGGAUCGCAGCAGGGACUACAUGAAUGCUAGAAGGGUGGCUAAGGAGUACGAGACCGUGAUGAAGGGCCUGGACAGGAACGCCCCAUCGGUGCCUCCGCAGAACUCUCCUCAGGAAGCUCAGCAGGUGGAGAUGUGGAAAAAGUACAUCCAGUGGGAGAAGAGCAACCCGCUGCGCACUGAGGACCAGACGCUCAUCACUAAAAGAGUUAUGUUUGCCUAUGAGCAGUGCCUGUUGGUCCUGGGACAUCACCCUGAUGUGUGGUACGAAGCUGCCCAAUACCUGGAGCAGUCCAGCAAGCUGCUGGCAGAGAAAGGAGACAUGAACAACGCCAAACUGUUUAGCGAUGAGGCGGCCAACAUCUAUGAGCGUGCCAUUGGAACCCUGCUGAAGAAGAACAUGCUGCUCUACUUUGCAUUUGCUGACUACGAAGAGAGUCGAAUGAAGUAUGAGAAGGUGCACAGUAUAUAUAACCGUCUGCUGGCAAUAGAAGACAUUGAUCCCACAUUGGUUUACAUCCAGUACAUGAAGUUUGCCAGGAGGGCAGAGGGCAUCAAGUCCGGCCGCACCAUUUUUAAGAAAGCCAGAGAGGAUCUUCGCACACGGCACCACGUCUAUGUGACCGCCGCGCUGAUGGAAUACUACUGCAGCAAGGAUAAAUCUGUGGCCUUUAAGAUUUUUGAGCUUGGCUUAAAGAAAUAUGGAGACAUACCAGAGUAUAUCCUGGCUUACAUCGAUUACCUCUCUCAUCUCAAUGAGGACAACAACACAAGGGUGCUGUUUGAGCGGGUGCUGACCUCAGGAAGCCUGUCGCCUGAGAAGUCUGGGGAGAUCUGGGCCCGCUUCUUGGCCUUUGAGAGUAACAUUGGCGAUCUGGCCAGUAUCCUGAAGGUGGAGAGGAGGCGGUUCACAGCCUUCAAGGACGAGUACGAGGGCAAGGAAACUGCGCUGCUGGUGGACCGCUACAAGUUCAUGGAUCUCUACCCCUGUUCUACCAGUGAACUGAAGGCCCUUGGGUACAAGGACGUGUCUCGUGCCAAGCUCACAGCGCUGAUUCCGGAGACUGUGGUGACGCCCUCGAAGGACGCCACACAGAAGGAAGAGGGUGACCGUAAACCUGAAUACCCCAAACCCGACACCAACCAGAUGAUCCCUUUCCAGCCUCGCCACCUGGCCCCUCCAGGACUGCACCCUGUUCCAGGAGGAGUGUUCCCAGUGCCUCCCGCUGCAGUGGUCCUCAUGAAGCUGCUGCCUCCUCCCACCUGUUUCACAGGUCCCUUUGUGCAGGUGGAAGAGCUGAUUGAGAACUUAAGAAGAUGCACACUUCCAGAGACUGUUGAUGCUGCUGUGGAGCUGAUCACUGGGCGGCAGCCGGAGAUGGCCAGCGAGGGCAACGGGCCUCUGGAGAACCACAACAUGGCCAACAAGUCGCUCAAGAGGCCCAACGCUGACUCGGACGAGGAGGAGGACAAGGGCGCCGUCGCCCCGCCCGUCCACGACAUCUACAGGGCCCGGCAGCAGAAGAGGAUUCGAUGAACUCAACUUGAUGCAGACACACAUUCUCUCUCUGACACACUCACACGUACACACACACACACACACACUAUUCUGAGCCAAGCAAGGACAUUAAUGCUCUAACAUCCCUAUACACAAGUCCGCCCUCUCCUCUGAAAAAUUCUAGAUAUUCGCGUCUAGGCCGCUACACGUGGGAGGGCAGUGGAAGGCACACACCUUCACCCCCUGCACAACAGGAAUGGACAGGAAUGUAUGUUUCCGUUUCCCUCACUAACUGCUCUCCAUGAACACAUGUCCAUUGGGUUCGAUGGGAGCAAAUUAUUUUUAAGAUCCAUCAUCUAUCCAUCGAUUGCCUGUCUACAGAUCCACGUCUCAUUGUCUUGUUUUGUUUUGGAGGAUUUUUUUAACAGUUUUA